AUGGUGAUCCCGCCAGCGGGUGAUCCCGAAAUUAUCCCAAGGACACCCGAAAACUCUGCAAGAAACGAUGGCGAGCAGACGCUGGCACCAGCCCAUGGAGGCAGGACAAGGAGAACACAAAACAUUACGAUCCCACCUCUGGACUUCAAUGUGCCAGAUCAUACCAGUAACCGUAUCACUAACCAGAUGGUCUGGGCGCUGAUUCUCAGCUUUAAGAAAACCAUCACUCCCCAAAUCAUUGCGAUCGAGUCAGCCAGACCGGAAAUCCAAGAGAUUGAAGCUGGACAGGAGGACCUACAGAAGGAAAAUACCAAGUUACAGGAGGAGAUACAGUCCCUCCGAUCCCAGGUCGAAGCACAGACCCUAUUCACCCCUAAAUCAUGGGCCGCAGUCGCAGCAGCAGCAGCGGCGGCGGCAGGGAACACGCCCGAACAACCCUCGAACGCGAUAAUUCCGCGCCCCCGAAAAGAACUGCGACAGGCCAAAGAACCAAAACCCAAACGGGCGUACAACCGUGCAGACUGGGCUCAAGUGGGCCAAAGUAUACUGAAACAGGUUGGCCAAGACCUGAAAAUCGAGACAAACGAAGACCUGGACCGCGCCGUCGAAAACCUUAUCCGGAGCACGACAGCCGCCCUAAACCAACAUGUGCCGGCGCAGGCACCAUGCCCGUACUCCAAACGCUGGUUCACCCCAGAGCUCAAGGCCCAGCAGGUGGAGGUCAACCGGAGCCGUAGAAGGUGGCAGAACGGAUGUGCCAUCCUAGGACCUGAUCAUCCAACCACCAAGUCCAUGUUUUGA